AUGACCCCAUGGAAACUGCAGCACAUCUCUCACUCUCCACGGGACCGAAAGUUAGUUGUCACUUUGUUGCCGUCUGAUAUUCAUAGAGGGCCUUCUGUGCGCUGGACACUUCGUUACUCGGGCAGUAACACAGAGGAGGAUCCAGCUCCAAGACGGUUCCUUUUUGCUGUCCACUUCUUUGGGGUGUCCACUGAGAUCGUUUAUGAAAAUAGAAUAUACAGUCUUAAAAAAGAAAGUGGGCCUAAAUGCCCAGAAGCACCCCCCUUUGUAAGAUUUGUAACAAAAAUUAAUAUGAAUGGAGUUAAUAGUUCUAAUGGAGUGGUGGAUCCAAGAGCCAUAUCACUGCUGGCAAAAUGGCAGAAUUCAUACAGCAACAAAGUUAUCCUGCAAGAACUUCAGUGCCUAAUGAUGUCUGAAGAAAAUAUGAAACUCCCUCAGCCACAUGAAGGACAGUGUUAUAGCAAUUAA